CAUUCAGCUCGGUAAUUCUGCUGGUGAUCUGUCAGUCAGUAUCUCGGUAUCUCCUGGUGUUAAAAAACGGCGUGGCCUCGGUUGGGAGCGAGCAGCAUCACCGUGCCUCCUGCGCAUGCUCAGCACUCUGCGAGUCCUCUGUGUACGAGCAUCAUUCAGCGGCUGCUUUUCGCGGGGGAGGAGAGAGGCAUCGGUCUGUACAUCUCAUCAAGGCACGUUUUGGCCGGUUUCUGCACUGUACAACAAACUGAUCUUGGGCCUGCGUCUGCUGCUGAGCUGCUGCUGCUGAUCUGGAGACAUGGGGAGGUUACUGUGGCUGAUAUCGCUGAGCUCACUGGCUCUCAAGUUUGCACACGCUGGAGACGUGUGUGUCUCAGGCCACGACAGCGGGCCGGUGUUCGAAGAGCAGCCCACCGGUCUGAUCUAUCCUGAGGGUCUGAGCGAAGGCAAGGUCACCCUGAGCUGCCAGGCCAGGGCCAGCCCGGCCGCCACGUACAGGUGGCGUGUGAACGGGACCGAGGUCCAGGUGGGCAUGGACCCCCGCUACACACUGGUGGCCGGGAACCUGGUGAUCAGCGGGCCGCAGCCGGGCCGCGACGCCGGCUCCUACCAGUGCCUGGCCAUCAACCGCUGCGGCGCCAUCGUCAGCCGCGCCGCCAACCUCAAGUUCGGCUUCCUCCACGACUUCCCCCCAGACGUCCGCAGCCCGCAGACGGCCUACGAGGGCGUGGGGACCUUCCUGGCCUGCCAGCCACCCACCCACUACCCCGCGCUGUCGUACCGCUGGUACCUCAACGAGUUCCCCAACUUUCUGAAGCCGGAGGACGGCCGCUGGUUCGUGUCCCAGCUGACGGGGAACCUGUACCUGGCCCGGGCGGAGCCCAACGACACGGGGAACUACUUCUGCUUCACCACCAUCAACAUGGACAUCAGCACCAAGAGCACCUUCAGCAAGGCCAACCAGCUGACCGUGCUGUCCGAUGCCAGCGCCCGUAAGUCUGCGCCGGUCAUCAAGGUGCGCUUCGCUGCAGAGACCUACGCUCUGUCGGGCCGGACCACCCAGCUGGAGUGUUACGCCUACGGGAACCCUGUCCCCAAGCUGCGGUGGAGGAAGGUGGAGGGCCUGCUGCCGGCCAAGGCGGGGAAGAGCGCCCAGAGCCCCACCCUCACGCUGCCCGACCUCUCCUUCGACGACGAGGGUCUCUAUGAGUGUGAGGCGUACAACUCGGAGGGCAGCGACACCUACCAGGGGCGCAUCAACGUGCAGGCUCAGCCCGAGUGGCUGCAAGUGAUGAGCGACUCGGAGGUGGAGAUCAGCUCCGAGCUGCACUGGAGCUGCGUGGCCGCGGGGAAACCCCGGCCCUCUAUCCGCUGGCUGAGGAACGGCCAGCCCCUCAGCACACAGGACAGGGUUGAGGUGAACGGGGGCCGUCUGAAGAUCGUUAACCUGGCCCUGGAGGAUUCUGGGAUGUACCAGUGUGUGGCCGAGAACAAACACGGCAACGUCUACUCCAAUGGCGAGCUGAGGGUCCAAGUCCAGGCCCCAGACUUCCGGCUGAGGCCGGUGCGUAGGCUAGUCCCGGCGGCCCGAGGCGGGCAGGUCCGCAUGGAGUGCCGGCCACGGGCCGCGCCCAAACCCACCCUGUUCUGGAGCCGCGGCACCGAGCUGCUGGUCAACAGCAGCAGGGUGACGGUCACUCCAGAUGGGGUGCUGAUGAUCCACAACAUCAGCCGGGCCGAUGAGGGGAAGUACACCUGCUUCGCUGAGAACUACCUGGGCAAGGCCAACAGCACCGGCCACCUGUCUGUCAGAGACGCCACCAAGAUCACGCUGGCGCCGUCCAACGCAGACAUCAACCAGGGGGACAACGCCACCCUGCAGUGCCACGCCUCACACGACCCCACCAUGGACCUGACCUUCACCUGGGCCCUCAACGGGGCCCCCCUGGACCUAGAGGACCCCGCCGGGCCCUUCCACCGCGUAGAGGGCAAGGAGACGGUGGGGGACCUGCUGUUGGUGAAUGGCCAGCUGAGCCAAGCGGGGGUUUACACCUGCACCGCCCAGACGGUGGUGGAUGGCGCCUCGUCCUCCGCCAAGCUGGUGGUCCGCGGCCCCCCUGGGCCCCCCGGAGGUCUGGUGGUGAAGAACGUUGCUGAGACGUCGGUGGAGCUCCGCUGGAGCCGCGGCUACGACAACCACAGUCCAAUCGGGAAGUACAUCAUCAUGGGCCGGUCCACCAUCGCCUCCGACUGGAAGAGGAUGAGAACAGAGCCGGUGAACAUUGAGGGCAAUGCGGAGAUGGCUCGUGUGAUUGGCCUGUUGCCCUGGAUGGACUACGAGUUCCAGGUCAUAGCCAGCAACAUCCUGGGCAGUGGGGAGCCCAGCGUGCCCUCGUACAUCAUCCGUACACAGCAGUCAGCCCCCUCAGUGGCCCCCAGUGGACUAGGAGGAGGGGGGGGGGACCGCCACGAGCUCAUCAUCACCUGGACGUCCAUGGCCAGGGAGUACCAGAACGGAGACGGCUUCGGCUACACCCUGGCCUUCAGGGCCAAGGGCACGGAGAGCUGGACGCUGGUGCCCAUCGCUCACGUGGACUCCUCCCGCUACGUCCACACCAACGUCAGCCUCUCCCCCUAUUCCCCCUUCGAGGUGAAGAUGAAGGCCUUCAACCGCCGAGGGGAGGGCCCCUUCAGCCAGAUCGCCGUGGUGCACUCGGCCGAGGAAGAGCCCACAGGGGCGCCAGCCAGCCUGAACGCCACAGCGCUGUCCGCCUUUGAGAUCCAGGUGUCCUGGGUGUCUGUCCGGCAGCCCAGCCCAGAGGGCAUCCUGAGGGGCUAUGAGAUCCGGUACUGGCGGCAGCAUGAGCGAGAGGCUGCGGCUGACCGCAUCCGGACAGCGGGGCCGGGCACGGCAGCGCGCGUGGCGGGCCUCCGGCCCAGCACCCGCUACCACGUGGCCGUCCUGGCCUACAACAGCGCGGGCUGCGGCCCCUCGUCGCCGCGGACCACCGUCACCACCCGGAGACCACCCCCUAACCGCCCCCCCGGCAACGUGUCCUGGAGGACGGAGGGGUCCUCGGUCACCGUCCGCUGGGACCCGGUCAAGGCCCUGCACAACGAGUCCGCCGUGCUUGGAUACAAGGUUCUGUACAAGCACGAGGGCCAGGCAUCCCUCAAGGUGCUGGACCAGGGCCAGACCUCGGUGAAGCUGCCGCUGCCCAGUGACAACGGCUACCUGGUGCUGGAGAUCCGGUCCUGGGGCGAGGGCGGGGACGGGGCCGCCCACGAAACCAUCGUCUCCCGGGACUCAGGCACUGGGAUGAUGGUCCAGAACAGCGCCGCCUCAGCGGGGCCGUUUGGUGUUCUCUGCCUCUUCCCAGGUGCAAUGCUCCUCUCUCUGAUUGGCCUGGUCCACGUGUGAUCUGCCACAGCCAAUCAGGCCAAUCAACAGCCUAAUACUAUCGCUGAAAUAUUUUGUGUUGUUGUUUCUUUUCACGAGGAUGGGGUAUCGUUGGCGUUCAGGCCAGGGAUGAGGCCCCCCGGCCCCCAGUAGGGGAUCGGGUAUGACUCCAUUAGGUAUUAUGUGUUUUUCAUAAGGAAAUCCAAGAGCUUUUUGAUUUGAUUUGUAGGAAUGUGUGUGUGGCUGAGCCUAGUGGUGAAGGUGGGGUUGGGGGUACUGAGUAAGACCGAGUGAUUUCACACAUAACAACCUUUUUCACAGAGGUGUAAGAGUAGGGGUGGGCACAAGUGUGGCUAGUCACACUCAUUAUGUAAUCCACUUCAUGAGCCACACCUGAUUUGGCCCCAAUAGGGGGCUAAGACCUCAUGAGUAUGGCCUUAUGGGAGCAGUGAAAUGCCUUUCUCAUUAUCAUUGACAUUUGGGUUUUCUAUUCCUUCCUGCUGCAUGGAAGUAAAGGUUUGACUCUGACAUCGACCCUGUUCAAAGGAAUUGUCAGAAAGUAAAAGUUAUCAGUAAAGAAUUUUGAAUUGACUACCAAGAGGUGAACCAUUUUAACAGAGAAACAAAGAGUCACUUGCUCAGUGAAUGGUCAGCCAAAACAUGGAUCAGGACUUGGGUUUGUGAAGGGGGUACAGUCCACCCCGGGGGGGCAGCGGCCUCAUGCAGACCUACACAGACAUGUGAGGGACACCCACUCUGACCUUUGAUUGUUAGAACCAAUAAUGUCUGUAAUGUAUAUUUCUUAUUCAGUGUAUAUAUUUUGAUUAUUGUGUUCUGUUUAGCUCUGCUGUAAGUAUAUCAAACGUGUGUUAAAAGGUAUGACUCAACUGAAUGAAUGUCAAAAACAUAUUUUAUUUUAAUUUGGCUUCAUUGUUCUCUGAGCUCUCAACUUGGUUGUGCCUGUGUCGUUGUGUAAGAUAAUGCAGGCACUUAUGUCUAGACACUGGUUCAGCGUUUGGGUUUGUGGGGCCAGAGGGGAUUGAUAUUGAUCUUAAGUAGUCGUCACGGUCCCAGCAACAGUGUUAUCCUUCUCAUUGGACACUCACUGCAGUGCCGUCAUGUCAUUUAAUGUGUCACAUAACACACAGCUAAUACAUAACCCCGGUUAAGUUCAGAGUCAAGGCAAAAUGACUCCCAAGGUUGGUCGGGAAUAGGAUGAUAAUGAAAUUAAUGAUUACUGAUCUUUGUUUUGAUGUAGUUAUCUAGUUUCAGAUUGCAUUGGCCACAUAUCUAGAUUGACCAUAAAAGUGUCAACGCUACAGUAAAAACAUCACACCAGAAUCAUUAAAAACCGGCGCAAUAGGAUCCAUAAUAAACCUGUCCAAUAUUCCUUGUAGAAAAGUGGAUUGCUGCUUCUUGGUGGUUCUUAAAAGGACAAUUUGUAUUUAUUUAUGAUUAUUAUUACACGUUUGUUGUACCAGUUUACCAAUGUGACAGUAAUGUGUGAAUGACUAAUAUUUCAGCCAUUACCUUCUGGAACCUCUGUCCAUACUCAUUCAAAGCAAAGAUUUGAGAUUUCAAAUGUGAUUGGAUUUAGAUAGGACAAUAUGUGCUAUAUUACAUAUUACACAACAGCCGCACUCCCAACCCUAACAGGAAUGGAAUAAUCUAUCAAAUCUUAAUUGUUUCUGCAUUAAAAGGGUUCUCGUUUGCAAAUUCCUAAAAAAAUAUUUUAUUUUUCGUAUUCUGAAGAGUUGAGUCAGAAGAGGACUUUUGUAAUGCCUUCCUUGUGUGAAUCAUCGCCAACUUAAGUUUACGAUAUCGAUUUUUUUAAUAAUGACAAGGAAAGUUUUGGCUUUCUGUAUACACACACACUCACACACACACACACACACACACACACACACACACACACACACACACACACACACACACACACACACA